AUGAAGUUUUCACUUCCUCUCGUCGCUGGCCUGGCAGCUUCCGUCGCUGCGCACCCUCAAAAUGGGAAGAAGGCCGGUGUCACCACUACUACCACAACUGGUACCUCUACCACUGCUGUUCCAACAUCCGCCAAGGGCCAAAUGCCUUCUCUGCCCUUCUUGCCCUCAUGGCUCUUUAGGGAUGCGGGCAACAAAGGCCAAGGUCAAGGCAUAGAGAACGGCUUGAAGUGCAUCAGCACCUACAACAACUGCUUGGUCAAGUCAACCAAUGUGGUGGACUGCGCCUCAGCCUACGGAUCAUGUAUCAAAGGCGGCAGCACUACUGCUACCGGUUCUACUACAAUCUCUGCCACCGGCUCUGCCACUCUGACAACAAAACCUGCCAUCUUGACUAUUCCCAGCGCCACAGGUGCUCCUACACGAACAUUUGCCCGACCCCAGAUCCCUUCAGUUUCUGGUCUUGCGAAGUGGUGGAAGCACGAGCAAGGCGUCCGAAAGUGCAACUAUACCUACUACACUUGCCGCCGAGCCAAGGACUCCAGCCAAGACUCGUGCAGGUCUGAUCGAACUGCUUGUAUUGCAGCCGCAAAGGCUAGUGCCAGUGCCAGUAACACAGCUACGGUUACCAGUGUCCCAACCACCAUUGCUACUGCUGCCACAUCGGUGACUACAACCUCAGCAACUGAUUCUGCAAGCUCUGCUACAGUCACUGCCUCUUCAACCACUGUUAUCGUGGCGGCCAGUGCUGCUGCUGACGCCGACGCUCCCCUCGAUUCUGAUGAUGCUUCUUUCGACGACGACAGUCCCGAUGGAGACUCUUAA